AUGAUCAGAAGCGAGGUACCCAAGCCGGGGAGCAAGAAAGAAGGAAAAGCAGGUCCAACACAGCUGCGGGGAAGCGGCCUCUGUUCGACUAAUGCUAUCACGGAGAAGGUCGGUCUGGCAGGGUUUGACCUAAAAAACCAUCAACCCCGCCCAGAUAAAGGGCGACUGUAUAACCGGGCUAGGAACGAUUGGGGAACGGGCUUAAGUUUGGAGUGA